UCUUUCAAUUCAGCCUCCUCACUCAUCCUCCUGCAAUCAAACACCAUGGAUCUGAGCAAACCUCAAUUCGGAGCCUCUUCCUCUUCCUCUUCUUCCAAUCAUUCAUGCACAUAUGAUGUCUUUCUGAGCUUCAGAGGUCUGGAUACGCGCAACUAUUUCACAAGCCAUUUGCACAGCAAUUUGGUUAACAAGGGAUUUGAGACCUUUAUAGAUGAUGGGCUUCCGAAAGGAGAAGAUAUAUCACAAAAGCUUCUCGAAGUAAUUGAGAGAUCAAAGAUUUCCAUCGUUGUAUUUUCUGCCAACUAUGCAUUUUCAAAGUGGUGCUUGAAUGAACUUGUCAAGAUCAUUGAAUGUAAAGAAUCCAAGCACCAAAUCGUUUGCCCAAUUUUCUACAAGGUAGAACCGUCGAAUAUACGAUACCAAACGGGCCAGGUUGGUGAUGGAAUUGCUGACCUUAGCAAAUACGAGGAGAACUUAGAGAAGGUGGAGAGUUGGAAGGCAGCUCUUAGAAAAGCAGCAGAUUUGUCUGGGUGGCAGAUUAAGGAUGGAGGGAAUGAAGCGAAUAUCAUUGGUAAAAUUGUUAAAGAUAUCUCAACCUAUAUAACAAAAUCCACCCUUUUACAUGUGGCAACAUGUCCUGUUGGAAUAGAAUCUCGUGUAGAAGACAUACUUAAGCUCUUAAAUGUAGGGCAAGCCAAUCCUCACAUGGUAGGGAUAUGGGGAAUUGGCGGAAUAGGAAAGUCAACACUUGCGAAAGCUGUUUACAAUUCAAUUAGCAAUAAGUUUGAACAUAGCUGUUUCUUGGCAAAUGUUAGAGAGGAAUCAUCUUCAUCUGGAGGUCUUGUCAAGCUACAAAACAAUUUUCUUAAGAAUAUAGAGAGGGAUCCACCUAAUGUGGAAAAUGUUGCUGAAGGAAUCACUCUACUGAAGCAAAAACUAAGCCAGAAAAAGGUUCUCUUAGUUAUUGAUGAUGUGGACUGGUUGGGUCAGUUAGAAGCACUUGCUGUAGAGUCUGGUUGGUUUGGUCCAGGAAGUAAAACUAUCAUAACAACAAGAGAUACAAAUUGGCUAAGUCCUGAUUCAACAUAUGAGGUCAAGGAAUUAAAUCAUGAAGAUGCUUCAAAGCUCUUCAAUUGCUAUGCCUUCAAAGGAGAUAUAUGUCCGGAUGGCUUCUUUGAACUUGCAACUGAGGUAAUACAUUAUGCUAAAGGGAUUCCGUUAGUUUUGGAAGUUUUGGGGUCAGACCUAUGUAGUAAAAAGGAUAAGGAUGUAUGGAAAGCUGCAUUAGAGUAUUACAGGAGAUGUCCUAACAAAGAGAUUCAAAAAAUUCUCCAAAGAAGUUACGAUGGAUUGCAUGAUCAGAUACAAGAAGUUUUUCUUCAUAUUGCAUGUUUCUUUAAAGGUGAUAAAAAAAGUUAUGUGAUUGAUGUACUGCAAAGCUGUGACCUGAAUCCCGAGUAUGCUCUCGCAGUUCUCGUAGAAAAGGCCUUAAUAAAAAUUGAGAAAGACAAUUGGAUUUGGAUGCAUGAUCUUAUAGAGGACAUGGGAAAAGAAAUUGUUCGGCAAGAGUCUCCUGAGAUAGGAAAACGUAGUAGACUGUGGCUUUACGAGAAUGUUAGCGAGGUCCUUGAGGAAAACACAGGAACAGAUAAAAUUAAAGCCAUCGCGGUGAGAAGAGGAGAAUUCCAAACACAAAAGAUACAGUUGAACGGCGGAAGCUUCACAAACUUGAAAAAUCUUCAAAUUUUUAAAGUCGAUGGUUAUGAGAUGCUUAGUGGAGAGAGCGUGGAUCAUCUCCCCAACCAGUUGAGGGUCCUUGACUGGAGUGAUUGUUCAUUACUAUCGCUGCCAACGAAUUUUAAUCCGAGGAAACUUGGCAUGCUGCGAAUGGGUGGGCCCUGCACGACUCCUCUGGGAUUGAAAUUGAAGGAAAUGCGACACUUGAAAUCUAUCAAAUUGUGCGGCUGUGAUGGUCUAACCAGAAUUCCCGACUUGUCUGGAUUAACAUGCUUAAAGGAGCUGGACCUGUCUUACUGUAAUGAUUUAGAUGAAGUUGACCCUUCGGUUGGCCGUCUCGAUAAGCUCGUCCAUUUGGAUCUCAGCGGUUGUGAAAAGCUCCGUAUGUUUCCGAAGGUGAUCAGCCUGAAAUCUUUGGAAACUCUAGAUCUCUCUGAUUGAGUUGUUCCCUGAAAUUGAGGGAGACAUGAAGUCUUUGAAAUACCUGAAUCUAAGUACGACUGCCAUCAAAGAGUUACCUUGCUCAGUUGGAAAUCUCACUGGCCUUAAAUCCUUGGAUCUAGGUUGGUGUUAUAAACUUACAAAUGUACCAUCGAGCAUUUUCUAUGAAUUGCAUUGUCUGGAGGAUCUUGAUCUAGAGCGCUGCUAUAGCCUAGUUACAUUUCCAACAAAGUCAGAAUCACUUCCUCCACCGGUCUUUUCAACUAACCUGACGAGAUUACAAGUUCGUCUGACCGGAUGCUGGCAGCUUAAAGAAAUUUCAGAAUUUCCACGAGAAAUAGAUGGCUUAUUUGUGAGUGGUUGUGAGUCAUUAGAAAGAAUCUCAAAGUUGUCAAAAAUUUUGGAGGGGAAAGAUUCAAAAAUGUUCGGUCAGUUGGACUUGACUUCCUGCGUACUCUGCGAUGAUCUGGCUUGUCAACUAGUAUCAGGGGUUGACGUUGACAAGCGACUAUUUCAUCUGGCCAACAAGAGAACCGGAGGAAUAUUGAUGGAAGAGGCAGAGGAAGAAUUGAUGGAAGAGGCAGAGGAAGAAUUGAUGGAAGAGGAAUAAUUGAUGGAGGAGGUAGAGGAAGAAUCGAUGGAAGAGGAAGGGGCAGAGGCAGUGAAAUUGACGGCUCUGUUGAUGGAGGAGGUAGAGGAAGAAUUGAUGGAGGAGGCAGAGGAAGAAUCGAUGGAAGAGGCAGAGGAAGAGGCAGUGAAAUUGACGGCUCUGUUGACUCUAUUUUUCUCUUGUGUGAAAUCUGAUGAAUUCCGAGUAACAUUUCCUGCAAGUGCUCCACUUCCAAACUGGUUCACCUGCCGUCACGAUGUGAAUUGGCAUGUGCAUUGGGAUGAGGAUAAGGAUCUGAAUUGGAAAGUGAUAAAUGAAGAGCAUGAGUUUUGCAUUGAAAUUCCUCAAAACUCCAAUUGGGACAACAAAGGGUUGGCUCUCUGUUUAGUCAAUCAUCGCAUUCUGAUUACCUCACUCAUUUUGUUUACAUCAAUGGAAUAAAGUUUGAUGAGCAACAGAUCUGGGGGGACGUAGUGUGGGUGCAUUAUAUUCCAUUCGUGACAGUAAAAAAGAGGUUGAGUGAAAGUGGGAUAUCGUCACCUGAUAUGUUUCGAGUUAUGUUUCGUCUCAGAGAAAAUUUUAUUGAAACAGAAAUGCCUUUUGGGGCAAGCUGGGGAGUCCACCUGAUCGAAGAUUUGGAAGGAGAAGACCGAUGAUAGUUCAGCUGACUUCCAGUAUAUGCUGAUUCUGCUGCCACUAAGGAUGACAUUCACACACCCAAGUUACAAAACACUUACCUCGGAAGAACUACUCCUUUAAAAGCAUGAUGCUCGAUCAUCAUAACACAAUGUGAAGGAGUGUUCAAUUUUGAGGAAAUGAUCUAGUGAGUCGUUGGAAGCAAACCUCUAGAGCAUGAUCAAUGGAGUUGAUAAGACCAACACUGAGGGUAUCUAUGUCUGAAUUCCUUGUUUGUUCCAGAGCAGUAAAGACACGCACAUUGAUCAAUAUUUCAGAAAUGAAAGGACAGGGAAAAAUCCUUAUGCAAUGUCUGUAUUAAGUUGAGUUGCAAAGGAACUCGAUGCUCCAGAUAUGGCUAAUACAAUAGAGCAAGUGGAUUAUGUACUUCAUUAGCAAGCAAGGUUGGACAUACCAUGGAUUUCAUUCAGUUUUUCCUAAGAAGAAGGCAAUACAUGCCUGUUGCAAGUUUGAGUUAUCCUUGAUAAAAAGGUUCAAAGGUGUAGAAGAGUUGAGGAAAACAGCAUUUGGGCCUCUUAAAAAUGUCCGCCCAGAUUGAGGAGGACAUUGAUGCAGAAGAGUUGCAGGCGGGUGGAAGCAUUUCACCAAGAGCUUAUAUUGGAACAACAUGGUGAUCGAUCAACAUAUAUAAAAUGCUGAGGUGAACUAUAUAUUCCUUUUGAAUCAACAAUUAGAGAUGGUUUAUGAGUUGCUAUCAUCUGAUUAAUUAAGGACCCAGCAAGUGUGGGAUGAUAUGCUCAACUUGGGGAAGGAAUUUUUCUGUUCAACUGUGGUACAGAUUUCUGCUUCCAUUGGAGCUUUUAGAGGAGACAGUCUCGUUUGACUACUUUUAAACUUCUUUCUUUGUUUAUUUUGUAGAGAGACUGAUCUAAUCAGUGGGAUGCCAAACUGAUCGAGAUUUAAUUAGUUUAGGACAGGGAUUUACUCUACACUCAUAUUUGCAACUCUUGAUAUUUGACAAGAUGAAAAUCAGCAAUGUUGUCCUCUUAAUGCAAGCUAAGAUGAAUCUAGAGAUCUGGUCGAGACAAUAAUGAAUUACUGAGUUUACGUAACUUCUUUUUCUAUAAGCGACUGCUGCAGACAAUCUUUGCAAUUAAGGGUUGGUCUUAUGGGAUUUGAACUUUUAAAGGUGCUGUCUCCUAAUUACACUAGCAGGCAGCCCGCGCUUUGCUGCGGGUGAGUGAAUGCCCAUUUCGCUACCAUUUUCUUUUGUAUAUAUGCAGCUUCUUCUUCGUCUUCUUGUUCCA